GAUAUUCGAUAUUCACUGUGCACGCUUUUGUUAAGUGAGAAACAUGAACCCAGUUGUAAUAACUUUAUUACGAACUUACGCGCCUGUUUUAUUAUUGCCAAUAACUGGAACUAUCGGAUUUAUCGGUUAUAAACUAGAAUGGUGGAUGAAAGAUGGAAAAGACCAAGCCAAUGAUAAAGUCAGUGUUUUGGAACAAAGGGAGAAUCGACGCUUACAACAACUGCUACAACCCACACCACCAGAACCAGUUGUUAAAGAUGGCAAGAAACAAACUAUUUUUGACAAAAAAACUUGAUUUUAAACUUUCUGUUGUUGCAGGUAGAAAAAAUGUUGUUACGUUCAUUUACCUUUUUUUCACAGUUGUAUUCAUGGUUUGUACAGGCUAUGAUAUAGACUAUGCAAGAGCCUAAUUCGAAUGUUACUUUAACUCAAAUCUUUUUGGUUCUUCCUAGCAUAAUAAUUGUUUUAAAUCGACAGUAGCGUGUCCUAAUAAAUUGUGUCCUAUUUUAAAGUACAACUCCAAAAUUUAGGGCUGUAUCACUUGAGGUGAAAAAAAUAUUCGGUGUCCAUUUAGCAUAAAAUUAUGUGAUUUAAAUUAUACAUGUAAAAUUUGAAAUGGAUGAAAACAAAGGACUGUUUCAAAUAAAAGCAGAGGCACGGGUAAAAAAGCUGGAAACACUGCAAAAAAACGAGGCAACACUGCUGCCUAGGAAGUUCAGACUGGUAACAAAACAAUCAGCAAUUCCAGCAUUUCUGGGGGCAGUUGUAUGGACUGUAGCAGGAUACUAUGCUUAUUCAGCAUGGAAAAAAAGCGAGGAAACUGAAGAAUUUAUUGUCAGGCCUGUAGAAGAGAAACCAGCUAAUGCGAAGCCACCAACACGAAUUCCGUAUUGGACACCCCUUACUAUGGAAGAAAGAGGAUAUAAAUACUUUGGCGAUGGAAACAGUUUAGCCGAUGCUCGGAAGUUAAGCAAGACAGAAGAUAUGGUGGUGUCAGUUAAUGAAGAAUAUGAACGAAUUGAAGUGAUGAAGCUUUCAAAAUAUGGUUGGUACGUUUGGUCAUAUCCCUUUGAUGUUGUUGAGAGAGACAAAGAUGGAAACUUUCUUUACAAUGAUGACGGCAACCCAAUAUUGGUGCCAACUACUUUAGAAAAAAUCGGAAUUUCUAUUCGAGAAAAAUUCAAGCUUUUCUUUUAAAUUUCUAUUAUCAAAUAAAAAAAACAAAAAUUUACUUAGAA